AUGUUCCAUGCUGGCAUUUUGCCUCGUGUUAGGAAACGAUCAAAACCAGCGAGCGUCGGUGUCCCCAGGCAUGCGGUGAAGUUUAAGGAGCUCAGACUGUUUCUAGUGGAGAGGAAAAUGGGCUGCAGCAGGAGGAGCUUUCUUGCCCAGCUGGCCAGGUCAAAAGGCUUUAUUGUGGAUGACAUCCUCAGUGAUGAUAUCACUCACGUGGUAUCUGAGGACAGCGAGGCAGCAUCCCUGUGGGAGUGGCUCAAGGGGUGUGGCCUGAAGAAUCUUUCCAAGAUGCAAGUGCUGCACAUCAGCUGGUUCACUGACAGCAUGAGAGUGGGAAGGCCUGCUGCCGUGGAGAACAGACACCUCAUUCAGGACACACUGCCUGCAUCGCAAGAGGCCUCGGUCCUCACCCCUGUGGCAACAAUUUCUCAAUAUGCCUGCCAGAGACGGACAAGCACGGACAACAAAAACAAGAUUUUGACAGAUGCUUUGGAAGUACUGGCAGAGAACUACGAAUUCAGUGAGAUCAAGAGUUCAUGCCUUGCCUUCAGGAGAGCUGCCUCAGUCUUGAAAAGUCUGCCAUGGACUGUGCAGUGUAUAGGGGCUACUCAGAGCCUGCCCUGCCUGAGGGAGCACACCAAGGCAGUCAUGGAGGAGAUCCUCCAAUGUGGCCAUGCAUUUGAAGUUGAGAGAGCACUCUCGAGUGAGAGGUAUCAGACCUUAAAGCUGUUCACAAGUGUGUUUGGGGUUGGACCGAAGACGGCAGAGAAAUGGUACCGCAGGGGGCUGCGCUCAUUUUGUGACAUUCUGGCAGAGCCCAGUAUUCAGCUCAACCGGAUGCAGCAAAGUGGCUUUCUGCAUUAUGGAGACAUCACAAGGGUUGUCACUAAAGCGGAGGCUCAAGCCCUGGGGAACAUUAUUGACGAAGCUGUCCAUUUGAUCACAUCGGACGCUGUCAUAGCACUGACAGGUGGCUUCCGCAGGGGGAAGGAGGUCGGCCAUGAUGUGGACUUUAUUGUCACAACACAUGAGGUGGGGAAGGAGGAAUGUGUUCUACGCAACAUCAUUGAUACCUUCAAAAAACAGGGGAUUCUUCUUUACUGCGAUUACCAGGCUUCUACUUUUCACGUGUCAAAGCUGCCUUGCCAGAGGUUUGAGGCAAUGGACUAUUUUGCAAAAUGUUUCCUGAUCCUGCGAUUGGAGGCCAGCCACGUGGACGGAGGUCUCAACUGUGCCGAGGGGGACAAGAGGGGCUGGAGGGCCGUGCGUGUGGACUUGGUAUCGCCACCGAUGGAUCGUUACGCAUAUGCUCUCCUGGGAUGGACUGGGUCUACGCAGUUUGACAGAGAUCUGAGGAGGUUUGCUCGGUUGGAGAGAAAGAUGAUUUUGGACAAUCAUACUCUUUAUGACAAAACCAAGGGAGAGUUCCUGACAGCGAGGAGCGAAGAGGACAUAUUUGCUCAUCUGGGUCUCGAGUACAUUGAGCCUUGGCAGAGAAAUGCGUAGGCAUCCACUCCUCCUUGGAUCGGUUGCACCCGAAAUCGCCAUUUGUCCCAUCUGCUUUCUAGUCUAACUCUCUGAUUCACUUUUGAUUUUCAUAUUGUUGUGUAUUGAUGAGCCCAGUUGUUGUUUUUGGGAUUAAAUGCCCAUGCAUGAUUCAUAAUGUUGCUCAUUCCCUGUUAUCAGGAAGUAAAUAAAAUCUCCCCUUCAUUUACAGUUUGCUUCUCUCUAAGUGUUGUCAUGACACUUGCGAGACAAAGGCAAUUGAGUGCCUUGGAGGGAGACUGAAAGAAGCACAGAGGGAGGGAGGAGGCAGAAAGAGAAAGUGAGUUGAGGGGAGACAGGAAACAAUGAAAAAGAGGGGUGAGGGCUUGUCAAGAAAAAUGUUGCAAUCAUUCUCUCGGCAGGAAAGUGCUCAGCGUGAAGCAAAAGAAGGUCUUUUGGGAAUUGAGUGGAGGGUAAUGAGCUUCAGAUAAAGAGCCUUCUGUGUCGCCAUUUACUCUCCAUUUCAGUCUACGUCCAAUGCAGAUCAUUUAGCUGGCAUUCGAUUAUCCAAAGACUUUGCGCUUUUCCUUAGCCAAUGAAAGCUCUCAAUCAUAUGUUAAACUAAAAUUUGUGGUAAUCAAUUACAGUGGUAAUCCAGAACCAGUGUAAAUUUGUGGUGGUCAAACUGAUUAGCCACAUUGAUAGAUCUUUGAAAGGCAACAGUGUUUGGU